CCCCUGUAUCUCACUGUCACCGUAGUGUCCAGCUCUUCCACUUCUCUCGCAAAUCUCCCCUCGAAUCAAUUCUCUCUCUCGAUUGCGCCGUGAGGAUGUUCAAAUUUCUCAAAGAAGUCGUCGCCGGAUCGGGCGCCGGCCUCAAGGAUCUUCCCUAUAACAUCGGCGAGCCCUACUCUUCUGCGUGGGGCUCCUGGGUGCACUAUCGUGGAACCUCUAAGGAUGAUGGAGCACCUGUCUCAAUAUUUUCUCUUUCAGGGAGCAGUGCAAACGAUGGACAUUUGGUUGCUGGCCGUAAUGGUGUUAAACGCUUGCGAACGGUUAGACAUCCAAAUAUUUUGUCAUUUUUACACAGUACUGAGGCUGAAUCUUUAGAUGGUUCUACUACUAAGGUGACCAUUUAUAUUGUGACUGAACCUGUUAUGCCUCUUUCAGAAAAGAUUAAGGAACUGGGGCUGGAAGGCAGCCAAAGGGACGAAUAUUACGCUUGGGGAUUGCACCGGAUAUCUAAAGCUGUGAGCUUCCUGAAUAACGACUGUAAAUUGGUUCAUGGUAAUGUUUGCAUGGCUAGUGUUGUUGUCACCCAAACUUUGGACUGGAAACUCCAUGCAUUUGAUGUUUUAUCUGAGUAUGAUGGGAACAAUGAAGCUGCAACAGGACCAAUGCUUCAAUAUGAAUGGCUUAUUGGUUCCCAAUACAAAUCAAUGGAGUUGUCAAAAUCAGAUUGGUCAGCUAUCAGAAAGUCUCCGCCUUGGGCUAUAGAUUCUUGGGGCUUGGGCUGCCUGAUUUACGAGCUCUUUUCUGGAGUAAAACUGGGUAGAACUGAGGAAUUGCGGAAUACAACUAAUAUUCCAAAGUCCUUACUUCAAGAUUAUCAGCGUCUCUUGAGUUCUAUGCCUUCUCGCAGGUUGAAUCCAUCAAAGCUUCUAGAGAAUAGUGAAUAUAUCCAAAAUAAGUUGGUGGACACGAUUCAGUUUAUGGAAAUCCUUAACUUGAAGGAUAGCGUAGAAAAGGAUAACUUUUUCCGCAAGCUUCCAAAACUUGCGGACCAGCUGCCUCGCCCGAUAGUUCAGAAGAAGCUGCUUCCGUUGCUAGCAUCAGCAUUAGAAUUUGGUUCAGCUACUGCACCCGCUUUGACGGCAUUGUUAAAAAUGGGCUCUUGCCUUUCACCAGAAGAAUAUGGUGCUAAGAUAUUACCAACAAUUAUCAAACUUUUUGCUUCACAUGACCGUGCUAUUCGUGUUGGUCUUCUUCAACAUAUUGAUCAAUAUGGAGAGUCAUUAUCUGCACAAAUGGUUGAUGAGCAAGUUUACCCUCAUGUUGCGAAUGGGUUUUCCGAUACAUCUGCUUUCCUAAGGGAACUGACACUAAAGUCCAUGCUUGUCCUGGCUCCAAAGCUGUCGCAAAGAACAGUAUCAAGGUCAUUGUUGAAGUUUCUUUCGAAGCUACAGGUUGAUGAAGAACCUGCCAUUCGUACAAAUACUACCAUACUACUUGGCAAUAUUGCUAGUCACCUUAAUGACGGGACAAGGAAAAGGGUGUUGAUAAAUGCAUUCACAGCUCGAGCUUUGCGUGAUACAUUCUCUCCGGCCCGUGGAGCAGGUAUUAUGGCCUUGUCAGCCACUAGUUCUUAUUAUGAUGCAACUGAGAUUGCAACUCGCAUUUUACCAAACAUUGUUGUGCUGACAAUUGACCCUGACAGUGAUGUCCGGUCAAAAGCAUUCCAAGCUGUUGAACAAUUUCUGCUAUUAGUGAAACAAUUCCAAGAGAAGACAUCUGGGGAUGCCACGAGUGCAGCUGGAACACUUUCAUCUCUGCCUGCAAAUGCUAGUUUACUUGGAUGGGCGAUGAGUUCUUUGACUCUGAAAGGCAAACCUUCUGAACAGAGUACCCUUGUUUCAACAAGCUCAAGCGUGCCUCUUUCAUCUUCAAUCUCCAAUGCAAGCUCCGUGACCGAUGAUGCAAACAUAGCACAAAGCCGAGUAAAUUCCAGGACAGAUUUAGCUGAUUUAUCUGAUAACCCUCAACCUGCAUCACCUACGUCGACAGAUGGUUGGGGAGACACUGAUAAUGGGAUUCGUGGAGAGCAGGAUAAUGACAAAGAUGGCUGGGAUGACAUUGAACCACUGGAAGAGGCCAGACCAUCAGCAGCUCUUGCAAAUAUCCAAGCAGCUCAAAAACGACCUGUUUCCGCACCAAAAACCCAAGCUAUAAAUUCAAGACAAAAGAGCACAUUGAAGGCGAGUAAAGAUGAUGACGACGACUUGUGGGGUGAUGUAGCUUCGAAUACAAAAUCCAGCAAAGUAGUGGAUGAGGAUGAUCCUUGGGGCGCAAUCGCUGCACCUGUUCCCAAAUCAUCUUCCAAGUCUUUGAAUCUGAAAUCUAGUGGUUCUUCCAGCGAUGAACUUUGGGCGUCCAUUGCUGCGCCUCCACCUACAGCUGGGCACAAGCCAAUGUCAGGUGGACGAGGCCGAGGGGCCAAACCUGCUGCCCCAAGGCUAGGUGCUCAAAGGAUAAACAGAACAUCAUCAGGUAAUCCAAAUUAGGUGCCUCAGUUUAGACGAGUCAGUAAAUGUUGUGUGUUUUUUUUAUUUAGAUGAUUUUGUGUUGUAUUUGUCUACUUUAACCAUUUGUCAAUUGUAAUAGAAUGCAUUUCAAUGAAAAGCAUAUUCUUUCUUUUUACCUUGUAAAAA